GUCCCGCAGGAUCAGGAUCCCAUGGACACCUCCCAGUCUUCAGCCGGCUCAUCCCGCAGGGACAGGCCAGGGGCGGGGCCCGUGUCCAUCGCCAUCCCCAACUCCCCCUUCAUGCAGAAGUUGGGAUGCGGCACCGGGGUCAGUGUGUACCUGAUGAAAAGGUCUCCCAGGGGAUUGUCCCGCUCGCCCUGGGCCAUAAAGAAGAUCAGCUCCAAGUGCAACCGGAGCCAGCAGAGCCUCUACCGGGACAGGCUGCGGGAAGAGGCCAAAAUCCUGCGGGACCUGCAGCACCCCAACAUCGUGGGGUACCGGGCGCUCACGGAGGCUCCCGACGGCAGCCUCUGCCUGGCCAUGGAAUUCGGGGGGGAAAAGUCCCUCAACGACCUGAUCGAGGAGCGGAGGGAGCGGGGCCUGGGCCCCUUCCCGGCCAGAAACAUCUUCCAGGUGGCCCUGAGCAUGGCCCGGGGGCUGAAGUACCUGCACUGUGACAAGAAGCUGCUCCACGGGGACAUCAAGUCCCCCAAUGUGGUGGUCAGGGGGGACUUCGAGGCCGUCAAGAUCUGCGACGUGGGGGUGUCCCUGCCCCUGGACGAGAACAUGACAGUGAGCGACCCCCGGCUGUGCUACGUGGGCACCGAGCCCUGGAAGCCCAGGGAGGCGCUGGAGGAGGGCGGGAUCAUCACGGACAGGGCCGACAUCUUCGCCUUCGGGCUGACGCUGUGGGAGAUGAUGACCCUGAGCAUCCCCCACCUGGACCUGGGCCCCGGCAGCGGGGAUGAAGAGGACUCCCUGGACGAGGACGGGUUCGACGAGGACGCUUUUUACGCCGCGCUGGGGACGCGGCCGGCGCUGAACCUGGAGGAGCUGGGGCCGUCCCACCAGCCCCUCAUCGACCUCUUCUCCGUCUGCACCUCCCCCGACCCCAAAAAGCGCCCCUCGGCCGCGCGCAUCCUGCAGGUCCUGGAGGGGAUGGAGCCCCCGCUCUGAGCGCACACCGGGAUACCGGAAUUGCCUCUGGAAUUGCCUCCGGAAAAGCCUCCCAACCCUCCUCCCUCCUGCAUUUGGGGAUGAGUUUUCCCUAGUUUUCUGUGGGGGGAUAUGUUGGAAAUAAACG